UGAGCUCGUGCUCGAGAGGAUUGGCAAACAUGGUUGCGGGUACUAUUUUGUAGAACCGGGGAAACGCUGCGUCCUUUGGUUGACAGCUGUCCCGGGCGAGCAAAUAAUAAGAAAUCUAGAGAGAGUGCAGUCACUUACUCACAUCAGUAGGAGGUAAUUUUGAUUCAUCAGCGAUUGUUCUGAUUGCUUUAUAGAAUAUACCAUGGAGGCUGAAUACUGGUGAGCUGAUCUUGAUGUACAGAGUGUUUGCCCCUCCUUACCAUUAAUUCAACUUAGGACGCACUGCAUGCAUUUCCCCAACAAUUGGUCCUUAACGACUGGUGUCUUGGCAGAGCUCGAACAGAUGAUCCUCCACGCCGUAGCUGAUAGCAUCACUUCGACUACGUCAGUCAUUCCGUUCGAUCAGGAAGAACUUGCAAAGAUGCUGGAGCUCACAGAUCGCCUGAAAGCGCAAUCAGGUGCAAUAAACGAGUCCUUCCCACAUGGCAAGUGCAUCGUAGCACGGUUCAUGGAGAACUUUGCAUUGGCCAAAUUCUUCAAUUUUUGUGGGCAGCCUGGUGCACGUCUGAACUCUGACCAGUCGAUCUUUCGUAAGCAGAAGCCUCGACAUUCGCUCUUCAUCCAGAUAUUAUCCAUCUGUCUCUUCUGCGCUCCGUGCGACUACGCGAAAGAGCUGGAUGGCAUCUGGGUGGAUAAAGUGAUCAACCGCGUCCUCUGGAAGCAGUUCAUAGUUAAGUUGAAUAAUGAUUGGUCCAGUCUGGCAUUAACUGCAACCGUGGUGCUCAAUGCAAAUGUUGCUUUUCUUGCGCUUGUUAAUAUUACACUGGCAAGAACGUUCAGUUAUAUCUCAACGAUGACCAGCGUCGGGGUGGUGAUCCUCGGACUCAUACUGGUCCGCCAGAACCAGAGAAAGGAUCAGAAUUCAGCUGAGCAGGCGAACGUGCUCCUGACGAGAACGUCGCAUCCGGUGUUUGGAACAGAAGCGCUGGCUAUCAUAUACAGUCUUCCCUACGCACUUCUCAUGUGGAGUAUGGUGUUCUUUGUUAUCGCUUUUGCAUGCAUGGUAUUCGGCUCAGCGACGGCCGUAACACAAAGUGCAUUUAGCGUAGCUGGCGGGCUCGGUGUGCACGUUCGUGUUUUGGACGGUGUGGACGACACGUGCUGCACGUGAACAAAAAGAGCCUCUAGAUUAAGUUAUGGUGUAUUGUCGCGCGUUGUACGUAGGCCAUGGAUUUAUUCUUGAACUUCGAAUAGUAAAGCGCGACCAGCAUCGUGACGAUCACGUGGUUUCAGAUGAUCACGAUGCUUACCCGUGGGCCAGUGGCACCUUCCUUACUCUUCCUUGCUAUAUGCAAUUAAGCUCCUCCUGUGAAUACACCUAUAGAUUCAGAAGCAACCAGAAUUGCCCUUAGGUUGCGAUAAAAGCGGCCCUCUCUCGACUGUGCAAGUGCGUGUCCGAUAUAGGUACUCUCCGUUUUUCAUUCAGAUGGUGUCUGAGGUUUUGCACAGUUGAGGUUCUCACACUCCGGCGUGUUUGUAU